AUGAACCACUCGCCGCUCAAGACGGCCUUGGCCUACGAAUGCUUCCAGGACCAGGACAACUCGACGCUGGCUCUGCCGUCCGACCAGAAAAUGAAGACCGGCACGUCGGGCCGGCAGCGCGUGCAGGAGCAGGUGAUGAUGACCGUCAAGCGGCAGAAAUCCAAGUCUUCCCAGUCGUCCACCCUGAGUCACUCCAACCGAGGCUCCAUGUAUGACGGCCUGGCCGACAACUACAACAACUACGGGAGCAGCAGCCGGAGCAGCUUCUACUCCAGGUUCCAGGCGGGGAACGGCUCGUGGGGCUACCCGAUCUACAAUGGGACCCUCCAGCGGGAGGGUGACAGCAGGCGCUUCAGCUCCUACAGCCAGAUGGAGAGCUGGGGCCGGCAGUACCCGCGGGGCAGCUGCACCGCGCCGGGCGCCGGCAGCGACAUCUGCUUCAUGCAGAAGAUCAAGGCCAGCCGCAGCGAGCCCGACCUCUACUGCGACCCCCGGGGCACCCUACGCAAGGGCACGCUGGGCAGCAAGGGCCACAAGACCACCCAGAACCGCUACAGCUUCUACAGCACGUGCAGCGGCCAGAAGGCAGCCAAGAAGUGCCCGGGGCGCCCGCCCUCCUGCACCUCCAAGCAGGACCCCGUGUGCGUCCCGCCCACCUCCUGCACCAAGGACCUGUCCUUCAGCCACUCCAGGGCCAGCUCCAAGAUCUGCAGUGAGGACAUUGAGUGCAGCGGGCUGACCAUCCCCAAAGCUGUGCAGUACCUGAGCUCCCAGGACGAGAAGUGCCAGGCCAUCGGGGCCUACUACAUCCAGCACACCUGCUUCCAGGACGAGGCUGCCAAGCAGCAGCGGAGGCGGGGUCCAGCGGGGGCGGGGUCCAGCGGGCUGGGUUCAGCAGAGGCGGGGUCCAGCGGGGGCGGGGUCCAGCGGGCUGGGUUCAGCAGAGCCCGCGGUCCCCCAGGGCUGCUCUGGAACCUGUCCUCCACCGACGAGCUGAAGGAGGAGCUGAUCGCUGAGGCGCUGCCCGUGCUGGCUGACCGCGUCAUCGUCCCCUUCUCGGGCUGGUGCGACGGCAACAGCAACCUGCCCCGGGAACCCGUGGACCCUGAGGUCUUCUUCAAUGCCACCGGCUGCCUGAGGAACUUGAGCUCCGCAGAUGCUGGCCGCCAGACCAUGCGCAACUACAUGGGGCUCAUCGACUCGCUCAUGGCCUACGUCCAGAACUGCGUGGCGGCCAACCGCUGUGACGACAAGUCCAUGGAGAACUGCAUGUGCGUCCUCCACAACCUCUCCUACCGCCUGGACGCCGAGGUGCCCACGCGCUACCGCCAGCUGGAGUACACCGCCCGCAACGCCUACACCGACAAGUCCUCCACCGGCUGCUUCAGCAACAAGAGCGACCGCAUGACGAACAACAACUAUGACUGCCCACUUCCCGAGGAAGAGCCCAACCCCAAGGGCAGCAGCUGGCUGUACCACUCAGAUGCCAUCCGCACCUACCUGAACCUCAUGGGCAAGAGCAAGAAGGACGCCACCCUGGAGGCCUGCGCGGGUGCCCUGCAGAACCUGACUGCCAGCAAAGGGCUGAUGUCCAGCGGCAUGAGCCAGCUGAUCGGGCUGAAGGAGAAGGGCCUGCCCCACAUCGCCCGCCUGCUGCAGUCCGGCAACUCGGAUGUGGUGCGGUCCGGAGCCUCGCUGCUGAGCAACAUGUCCCGCCACCCCGCGCUGCACAGGGUGAUGGGGACCCAAGUGUUCCCAGAGGUGACCAGACUCCUCACCAGUCACACCGGCAACACCAGCAACUCGGAGGACAUCCUGGCCUCGGCCUGCUACACCGUGAGGAACCUGAUGGCCUCCCUGCCAGGCGUGGCCAAGCAGCACUUUUCCAGCAGCAUGAUCAACAACGUCAUCAACCUGUGCCGCAGCAGCACCUCCCCCAAGGCUGCGGAGGCCGCCCGCCUCCUCCUAUCCGACAUGUGGUCCAGCAGGGAGCUGCAGGGGCUCCUCAGGCAGCAAGGUUUUGAUAGGAGCAUGCUGGGGACCUUAGCCGGGGCCAACAGCCUCAGGAACUUCACCUCCCGAUUCUGAGACGGGCCGCCCGCCCGCGUUCAGCUUGCAGACGUGAUCCGACCAGCGGAGUAGACCCGGGCCUUACUGCAGGCACGUCUGUCCACCUGCACAGCGUUUGGAGGUGUUCAAAGCCAGCUGAGAGCACGCAGGGACGCUGCGGUGGAUGAAAAUAUUUUUAGAUUCUUUCUUUUCCUUGGGGGAACUGACAGGCAGUGGGGGUGGGGGAGGGGAGCAGGGGGGGCUUUCUUGAGUUAAGGGAGCUUAUGUCUUGAUGUUAAUACUUCUUUCUCUGAGGAACGGCAUAUAUACACAUGUAUA